CUUUCCGCCGAAAGUCAUGAUGACAACAACCAUGGACACCUUCCCCCCCCCUGCUCUCUCUUGACCGCCUCUUGCUUCCCACCCGCACCGGGCAUUCCUUGGAUCGAGGAUCUUCCGUAUCUUUUCCCCUCCAUACCGCCCAUCGAUGAUUCAUUCAUCCCCGCGGUAUGCACAGGGCGGCCCAGACUCAACCUUGUAUCAUCCUUUUCCAACUCUCGACCCUGAGGCAAUCAAGUAUGCAUCCCGGUCUAGUGGCAACAAGACUUGGAACACGGUGGAACACGGUAUCAUCAUCGAAAAUGGAUUUAUGCCCGCAUCUGAUAACUUUCCCUUUUGAGCCAUCUCCAUUGUUCUUCCCCCCACUACUCCUCACGAUGUACACAGCUGUCCCCAUUAUUCUCCCCUUCUCCAAACCCACCAACUGCCAAUAUCACUCACUCUGCUGUAAGCACGGGAGUCUACCGGGUAAGGUACCACAAUUAAUCAUGGAUGAGGGCCCGCUUCUCCAUUAAAAAAAGCGGACACCUAACGCGGACUCCAACCGCCAUCGGAUAGUCUACUUUGUAAUAGUGGCAGCUGA